AUGGACACCGACACGAACUCGCCCUGCAUAAGCGUUGGCAACGCUUGUGUCGGAGAACCAGACCAAUUUCUUGCCGUUCCUGCCGUCCACUCGAGGACCUACCUUGUCACUCUCCCGAGAGAGCUUGUCCUCGAGAUCAUCAAUCACUGCAUGGGAACCAAGGAGCAAAUCUCCAGAAAGAAACGCGAUGUCGUCCGGCUUUCUCUCGUUACCAAGUUCGUUCGCGAGAUGUGCAUAACAUUCAUCUUUACGACCAUGCGAAUCCGUACCCCGUACCACGAGUUCCUGUCCAAAAUGCAGUCUAUCGAGGGCAACAGACUUCUGCAUAUUGUUCAGCACCUGGAAAUCAACCUCUUCAGCGAGACCGACCGUGAAUGGAAGCCGGAAACGUACAUCAGUCUUGCAAGACUUCUAAAUCACAUGCCCCGUCUCAACGACUUGUGCCUCAACCUACUCCAUGAUCGUGAGUUCGGCCAUCGCCUAGGAACUGAGCUUCUUAGGCAACAUCUCGUGCUGCCGGUCGUCAAGAAAAUACAAUACGGAUUCGAUCUGUGCCGGAUGACGCCAGGCGUCACCCUCAUGCAAAAGGCCUUUCCAGAAUUGGACGCCCUCCAUCUGAACGUCGGACACCAAUCACACGACGUUUCUCUGGAUGAGUUGUUCUGCUUGUCAUCGCUCAAUCUGAAGACUAUCAGCCUCCGAAAGCCACGCUGGGAAUUCGAACAUGUUUCUGAAAUUCAUGACUUCUUCCCAGACGUCACCAAGCUGAUACUCAGCGGGAAUAUUGACCACGAGCUUAUGAUCUCAGAAUUGGUCCCAAUCUUCGAGCCAUUUCGACAACUCAAGGUUCUGGCACUCACGGACCUAGUCCACCCAGACGGCUUGGAUGUGGAUGCUAUUCAAGAUGAUCUGUCAGCCAACUGCGAGCUCUGUAACGCAGGAGAGGAGGCCGAAAUCAACGGGAUUGAGACGUGCCAGAACGGAGAUGGACCUGGGAUCAGCGCUGCCGCAAGUGCAAUCAAGUCAAUUUUGACCCCUAUACUUGUCAACUUGGUGUCCUCCCCCCCUAGGCUUUGA